AUGCACAGCCCCUAUGGAUUUGAUGCGCUCGACGAAAUAGACGACGACGAACCUCUCUUUGUUGCCCGCGAGCGCCGCCGCAACGCAGUCCGGCCACUUGAGGAGUUGCUUUCCAACGUCAGGCGGAACCACGAGCGCGCUCUCGGCAUCAUGUCAGAACUGCACUCGCACCACCGCGACUUUGCCCAGCGAAACGCGUCGGUCGAUAACAUGCCGAGGGAAGGCCAGAAUCACCGCGCCGGCCGCCAGCGCCAGCAUGAUCAGGUGGUCUUGGACGAGCUGGUAGAGGUGGAAAUGUCGCGAGCGCCAGGCCCAAGCCGACAGCAGCGCAACAGCCAGCGCGAACCCCCCGUGUUCAUUGAUUUGACCGAAGAGCCAGAUUCGCCAGAGGUGCCUCGGGCAAUGCCCCCUCCGCGCACGCGUGGGGCCAACCCAUCACAGCCGCCAGUGGCAGGAAGGAACCCGCGUCGCCAAACGGCUUUGAACCGGCGCACACCUUCUUUUUCGCGCAGCGACGGCAGCCUCCUCGGUGACCAAACAAACGUUAUUGACCUUACUCUGGACGACUCGCCUGCUGCCCCGGCCCCACUGCCCCAGCAACUUCCUCGUCGCAACCACCCGGAAAUUCCUCCCCACCAUCGCCACCAUCUCCGCCAUCACCAGCUCCACGGCCACCAGAACAACAACCACAACCAACAUUCAUUCCGCAAUCGCCAACAGGCAGCCGCCGCCGCUGCUGCAGCUGGUCGUGACCGCGAUAUCGACGCCGCCGCUGCAGAGAACUUCGGCGCCAGGUUCGCCGGGCUCAUUCGCAACAUCGACAUUUUCCAGCGCCUCGGUUUCGGCCGCGCCAUUCCGGACGUCGAAGUCCAGUACCUGGGCGCGCACCAGAACAACAACGGCAACAACAACAUGGACAACCCGAUCGCCGGCAACCUCCCGCACCUCGACUACCGCUUCGGCGGAGCAGGCGGCGCCGCAGCCGCCCCCAACUACGAACCGCCUCCGCCGGCCCGCGAAGGAUUCACGCGCAACACGGGCGGUGGCAACGACGAGGUGAUCAUUUGCCCGAGCUGUGAGCGCGAGCUCAAGUAUGAUCCGGACGCGGGCGCUGAUGGACGACGUCCGGUCAAGAAGGUCAAGACUAGGAAGGACCAGGAGGUGCACCAUUUUUGGGCGCUGAAGGAUUGUGGACAUGUCUACUGCAAGGAAUGCUACGAGAACCGUAGGGUGGGCUCCAAGAGUUCUGCAGUGCGCUUCCGCCGCGACCUGACCCAUGCGCGCCGCAACCUGUGUGCGGUGCCCGAUUGUCCCACUGAGGCAAACAACAAGGGCAACUGGGUGGGGUUGUUCCUUUAG